CGAUUGCUGCGCACAGAUGGCAGCGCGAUGCAGUUUUUUUAAAGAGGGACAUCCCAAAAGUGUUUACAAAGUUAAUUAAUAAAUAAUAAUGGAACAGUCUCUGCAAAAGUGGACACCUUAUGCGAAAGAAUAUGAUCCUUUAAAAGCUGGAAGUAUCGAUGGAACUGAUACUGAACCACACGAUAAAGCUGUUAGUCGUGCAAUGCAAGCUCAUUAUGAACCACCUCAUGGUUUAAAAUCUAAGCCUGAAAGAACGCUGUUCGUUGCAAGAUUUGGCCCAAAAAUAAUGGAACAAGAUUUAAAGGAGUAUUUUUCUAGGUAUGGUGAGGUUUUAUCAACUAAAAUUAUAGUGGAUAUAGUAACAGGUCUUUCUCAAGGUUACGGUUUCGUUGAAAUGAGAAACGUUGAUGAAGCACGAAGAGCUUUGAGACGUAGUACAGAUGCUACGAUUAAAGGAUAUCAUAUUUUUGUAGACUUCGAAUGCAGUCGUACUAUGAAGGGUUGGAAACCAAGAAGAUUAGGUGGUGGUUUUGGUGGUAGAAAAGAAUCCGGUCAGCUUCGAUUUGGUGGAAAAGAUAGGCCUUUUAGAAAACUGAUAAUACCCAAUAUUAUUAAACCGUGACUCUUAAUUAUAUAAUUAUAAUAUAUAUUUUACAAUUAAUAUUACAACCCCUAACGUUAAAUAUAUACAUAUACUAUAAUAGUACAGCAAUUGGUUAACUUCUGCAACCCUUUAUGGGGAUUAUUGCAAACCUAUACUAUGAGAAGAAACCCUUAUUGAAAUUAUGUUAAAUAUGUAAUUUAAUAUUAACAAAAUGAGUAUAGUGUAGUAGUUUGUGAAGUUGAUAUGAAGUAUUAUAUGGAAAGAAACGUU